UGAAAAUUGCUUAAUAAUUCGUCUGAAAACCAGUAAUAAUCACUGCCCAUCAUUAAUUGGUGCUAAUACUAGAAUUAAUAUAGAUGUGUUGGAGUCUUUUUGGAGCCUAGAAAAUUUUGCUUCUGCAAAAAGCAAAUCGUGACCUUGUAGACGUCAACGUGCACGCAUGCGCGAAGAGUUCGCGGACAGUUUUUCCAAGAAUUUCUCGUUAAAUAAAAAGGCAGACACAAAAUGCCAAAGCAUAACGAAUUAAAGAAUCGUUCGAAGAGAAAGUAUGGUCAGCGCGACGGGAAACAUGUUCCCCGAAAUGAGGUUGUAGAAAGUCAUAUCCAGAUGGGUGUCAAAAUAGGUGCAUCCGAUACCCCACUGUCCAGAACUGAAAAGGGCGUCGUUGAUUUGUCCAAUAAGACUAUUUUCCCUCAACAAAACCCUCAGCACCAGCUAAAAAAUGUCUCAGAGGGCAAUCCGCAUGGCAUUCUCGAAGAAUUCAAGGAGAACGUUCAACAAAAUGUUACCAAUACCCAACAGCCGUCUUUCGCGCAGGAUCAUAUCGCUUUUCUGGACCAAUGGCGCUCGAAAUGGAAUCGCACCUUGAUGGAAUCAAAUAAUAUUGUUCUGCAGGAACAUGCAGAAGCGCUCCUGCCAACCCAUGCAGUCCAAAAGAUGCCCAAACUGGAGCCCAUUUCUUCAAAGUAUCAAUCACCAUCAAGUAAAGAUCCUGCAGUUCAGGGAGAAGACUCUCCGAUCGACCUUUCGUAUAAGAAUGGGUUUCAUCAGGCAGCUCCAAUGGCUACCUUCGAUUUCCCAAAUACGGAACCCGAAAAGAGUCAGGCUGCCUUGCUUGAAGUUUACCUCUCAGGUAAGGAUAGCUCGAUUGAGAAACCGGUGCGAAAAUCUGAUGCCAGCCGCUUGGUUAGCUUGGAUCAUCAAUAUGUCAAGGUGAAAAAUCCGAAGGCAGCCCUUGGGAAAACCAUUUGGAAUAAGAACAAUCUCUGCGAUCACUCUUUGGCCAAAGUGAAAAAUCCAAAACAGUUUCGGAGCGCAAAGGAAAAGAAGGACGAUAUGGAGCGUUUGUGCGAAAUUGAGACGAUUUGCAUGCGCUUGAGGGACAUUGAAGUGCCAAACAAUGUGGGCAUUGUAAAGGGGCCCGUCACCUUCGAGGAUGUCUUUGACGUGCUGGGCAUUAAGGAGGAGCAGCAGGAACCGCAGCUGCAAGUGGCUCAUCCUCCUGCUGAGCCCAUUCCAGGGAAAGAGGAUCAGCAAGUCGCCGUGUUCGAUAAUAAUAUGGCCCUAGAGGAGGAUCUGGGACCCGAUGAUUUUGACAGUAUCUUCGAUUAUCUAGGACUAGAGAAGUCUCCUCCAGUGGACCCACUUCUAGUGGACCGACUUCCAGAGUACCCACUUCUAGUGGACCUACUUCCAGUGGACCUACUUCCAGUGGACCCACUUCUAGUGGACCUACUUCCAGUGGACCCACUUCCAGUGGACCCACUUCUAGUGGACCCACUUCCAGUGUUCCCGUCUCCAGUGGUCCCACCUCUAGUGGACCCAUCUUCAGUGGUCUCAUCUCCAGUGGUCCCAUCUCCAGUGGACCCAUCUGAAGUGUUCCCAUUUCCAGUGUUCCCAUCUCCAGUGGUCCCAUCUCCAGUGGACCCAUCUGCAGUGGUCCCUUUCCCAGUGAUCCUAUAUCCAGUGCUCCCACCACCAGUGGUCCUUACUGGAAAGGAGGAUGCCAUGACCGAUUGGACUGAUUCGACCGAUUCCGAAGACGAGACGGAUCAGUCAAAGGAGAAGCAUUUUCACACUGUGGUGGUGGUGACCCAAGGAGAAGAGGAGAAGUACAUUGAUGUGGAGCACGUGGACCCGGAGUCCUCUGAAGAGGAGAGCUUGACUGAUAAAGAGAAUACCGACGAGGAAGAGGAUUCCUUCAAUGAUUCUGAUUGGACAAUGGGGAACGAGGAAGAGUCGGACACCGAAUAAUACCCGAUGACGUUUCUGUAUAUUUUGA